CUCCCGACAAAUAACGAAGAAUGGGCGGAAAUAGAAAAUGGAUUUAAAAACAGAUGGAACUUUCCACUAUGUUAUGGCGCCAUUGACGGAAAACAUAUACAAAUUGUAGCUCCCGACAACAGUGGCACUAUAUAUUUUAAUUACAAAAAAGUAUUCAGUAUUGUUCUUAUGGCAAUAGUAGAUGACGAUUAUUGUUUCCGAUAUAUUGAUGUCGGUGCAUGUGGCAUGGCAUCAGAUGCAAGUGUAUUUAGAAAUUGCUCUAUUUAUAAUAAACUAGAGAAUAAUCUUUUACCAAAUGGUGGAGUGAUUGUUGCCGAUGGUGCAUUUCCGUUAAAACCAUAUAUGAUGAAACCUUACCCAGGUGACAAUUUAACAGUGGCUCAGAAAGUUUUCAACUAUCGACUAUCCAGAGCUAGAAGAAUAGUUGAAAAUGCUUUUGGAAUAUUAGUAAGCCGAUUUCGUAUUUUUCAAAAACCUAUCGCUACUGAUGUGAAUACAGUGGAUAAAAUCGUAUUAGCAGCAUGUGCUUUGCAUAAUUGGUUACGAAAAGAAAAACGAAAUAAUUAUAUAACGCACUGUGAUGUCGACCGUGAAGAUAUUGAGGCAAGAAAUAUUAUUCAUGGUACAUAG